AUGAGUGUCAAGUCCUUUGUGGAAAUUUCGAUCGGCAUGGGAUUCUUGUAUCUCGCCACUAACGUCAUUUACAACCUCUUUUUCCAUCCACUCAGUCGAUAUCCUGGCCCGAUUUCUCACGCCAUUUCCCGACUCCCAUACUGUUACCGCGCCUGCAAUGGAACCCUUCCAUUCGAUAUGCUGGAGAUGCAUAAGCAAUACGGCGACAUCGUCCGCAUUGCUCCAGAUGAGCUGGCCUUCUCGCAUCCUGAUGCGUGGAAGGACAUAAUGGGCCACAAAAAUGGGCAACCAGAAAUGGCAAAGGCUAACUGGUUCUACCGUCCUAUCCCACAGCCACUACAUAUUGCGAACGAAGAUCACGAGGAACAUAAAAGGCUGCGUCGGCAAAUGGCUCAUGGCUUCUCGGAAAAGGGAAUGAGAGAACAAGAGCCUCUUAUUCGAAAAUACGUCGAUCUGCUGCUUGAAAAGUUACAUGACGCGUCCAAGACUGGUGGGCCGAUCGUUCUCUCGGACUGGUACAACUUCACAACCUUUGAUAUCAUCGGUGACUUGGCGUUUGGAGAACCCUUUGGCUGUCUUCAAGGCUCAAAUUAUGACGACUGGAUGAAAAGUAUCUUUGAAUCGGGACGCUUUGGUACCAUAUUGCAGGGCCUGUCUUUUUAUCCACUUUUGAAAAACAUUAUGUUAGCGAUGGUCCCCGAGUCUCUAAAGGAAGCUCAAAGAAAACACACAGAUCUCACAAAGGCUAAGAUGAAUCGCCGGAUGGCUAUUACUGAAGAACGCCCUGAUCUGAUAGAGGGAUUGCUGAAGAAAAGAGAUGAACUAAAUCUCGAUAUGGGCAGGCUUAUCUCCAACGCCGAGAUUUUAAUUAUCGGUGGCUCUGAAACUACCGCUUCCCUUUUAAGCGGAGUCACCUAUCUGCUUCUUUCCAACCUCGAUGCUUAUGAAACUUUGCGGGAUGAAGUCCGUGACACAUUUAGCAAUUCAGAAGAAAUUAAUCUCGUCAGCGUUGGCAAGCUAAGCUAUAUGCUGGCUUGCCUUGAUGAGGGGCUGCGUAUGUACCCCCCCAUUGCCAAUGGGCUCCCUCGAGUCUGCCCAAAAGGUGGGUCCAGAGUCAUGGAUGAGUAUAUUCCAGAGAAUACAUAUCUCUCCGUCCAUCAUUGGGCUCUGUACCGUCGCGAAGAAUACUUCACCGACCCCGACAACUAUCAUCCCGAGCGCUUUCUAUAUGAUCCUCGGUUCAGGAAUGAUCGCCAAGAUGCAUUUCAGCCGUUCCAUGUUGGCCCAAGAAAUUGCAUUGGUAGAAAUCUUGCCUAUAGCGAGAUGCGUCUCAUCUUGGCCCUUAUUAUAUUCAACUUUGACAUGAAAAUCGCCGAUGAAUCUCGAGAUUGGAUCAAACAGAAGAACUAUUUGAUGUGGCAGAAAGGUCCGCUGAAGGUCUAUUUGACUCCGCGAAUCCGUGAAUCUUCAUAA